AUGACUCAACGGGAGGGCACAGCAGUGCGCAGGCCAGGGGCGGAGGAGUUUCAGCACUGGCAGUGGCCUGCCAGCACAAUAGCUGACACGCGGCUGGCGCACAGCAGCGCAAGCCAGGACUUUCGUGCGAACAGGAGGCGGCUGCUGGCCAGCUCUCAAAGCUCAGCCCAGGCCGCGGAUGGGGAGGGCAUGAUAGAGUACAAGCCCCUGGGCUUCAACAUUGAUGGGGACGACUUUUCCAAGUUUUUCUCCCGCAUCCGGAUUGGGCCUGGGACAUACCAUGUGACGGCGAAUGUUCAGGACCAAUGUCACCUGUACAUGCGAUGCGGCGACGAGCGGGAGGAUGCCUUUGAGAUCGAUUUCACGGGGGUCUUCUUCUAUUUCACGGACUACCAGCACAGCGGGGUGCAGCUGGAGAACUGCACAAAUGUGGACUUGCAUGGUCCCUAUGAGCAGACAUACACGAAUGACCAGCUGGACUUUGCCCAGGGCAUCAUUGUGGGUGUCAACGAGGACGAGCUGGAAUACACUGUUGAGAUCGAUGACGGGUACCCAGCGGAGAGGGUCAUGAUGUUCGAGCCGAUAGCUGUCAGCCUGUUCUACAAUGACACGCUGCUAAUCAAGUCCCCGGACCCGUACAUGGACAUCAUCGUGCGCAAGAGCGAUGGACGCAAGAAGCUGGGGGACAGGAGAUACUCGUUCAAGGCCAGCAUGGUCACUCCCAAUGUCACUGUGGGAAACUACUUCACGGCGCGCGGGCAGAGCGGCACGGUUGGGCUUCGGUUGGAAAAGGUGAAGAACACCACGGCCAGAGAUUUCACGAUCUACCACUCGGGCGGCUUCGGCGUAUACGAGCCUUUUGGCCAGAACAACACCUUCAUGAACAUUCAGAUCCGGCCCUUCCCGCUGCCGCUGGGGCGGGACGGCAAGCUGCCUAUGCUGUCCACUACCUGGGACGCCAUCCACAUGAAGGGCUCUCACAGCGGCACCCUCGUCAAGAACAACUACAUCGUCAACAGCGGGGAUGACGCAAUUGCCUCGUCUGGCUUCUACUAUCUGGUGGCGGCCACUGACCCGAGCAAGAAGGGCGUGGUAAUAGCCUCAGACAGGGAGUACACCUUCAAUCCGGGGGACCUGCUGACGUUUUACAACCAGGACUCAGAGCGGCUGGGCACUGCCAAGAUCACCAAGAUGUACUCGGUCGAGGCGCCCAAAGAGGUGGUUGGCAAGACCAGCAAGAUCGGGGAUAUCAAGUACGACGAUGCCGACUUCAUGCAGGUUUUCUUGGACGAGUGGCCGGCGAGUAUGAACCGGCUGCGCACGGACGACGUGGUGAGCUCGCCGAGCAACAACGGCAACGGCUUUGCAUUCGUCAACAACACGAUCGGCAAUCUGCGCGGCCGGGGAAUCCUGUGCAAGUCGUCCAACGGCGUCAUAGCCGGCAACCGCAUGUUCAAUCUGAAGGGCUUCGGCAUCCAGAUGUCACCGGAGCACCUGUGGGUGGAGUCGGACUUUGUCAACAACGUCCUCGUCAUCGACAACACCAUAAACAGCUACGGGCCCGGCAUCUGGCUCGGCGUCGAUCCCUCGGAAUGGGGCACGCCUGGGUUGUACACCAACAAUUACAACGUGGAUUUCAUCAACAACACGAUUGCCAACUGCGCAACGACGCCUUUUCUGCUCACGAGCGCAGCCGGCAUCACAGUGACCAACACCACCUUUGUCAACGUGUUGUGCACUCAGAGCAACACGCGCAACUUUGGGGACUGGCAGGUGGAAGGAACGCUGGCGAUGGUGGCCAAUGUGAAGGACGUGACAUUUUCCGGCAACAGCGUUAUCAAGGACGAACGGUGCAAACACCCCUACGGAAAUUAUAAUCGGCCCGUAGCAAUGGUGAAUGCCACCAAUGUGAAUGGGCUCGUUCCCCGGACCCCUGUGGACAGUCUUCUCCAAGUGGAGGCCCCAUAAGAGGGAUCAAAGAUGCAAUUACCCCUUCGUAGAAAAUGGAUGGUGCCCUUAAAAUUGGUGUGCCCUGUGUUCUGUUAAUGGCUGGCGCCUUGAAAAGUCAAAGAAGUUGGUAAGAGGCAUGGCGUAGCCCUACCAGCAGCAGCUUGCGUCCCUCUUUUGUUGGGGGGAAUAAGUUGCAGGGUUCAGGGUAUUUGGACAGGGGUGGGUAAAGCCUGCCCUUGUUUGAUUGUCUUCUGCCUAUGCAGUCACAGUUGUCAAAGUGUGCUUGUGCAAUUUGUCACAGGCAUCAGUUUUAGCAUUGAACGGUAGUAGUAUCGGAUACUUGGCAGCUAGUGUGUUGCAUCCAUUUGAUCAUUUUAUUAGUGCUGUGUCCGCAGCAAAUGAGCUGCAUGGCCAGCUAGAAAGGUAGUAGCUGUUCUGUCCAGUCUAAAGUUCAAGCUAGUACGCUUGAUGAGGGCAAUGGGCCUUCUGUUUGAUACAGAGAAGUACAGUGUGUUGUUUUGUUUGAGCCUCCUUUGGCCUUUUUCAGACCUGCUAACACUGCAUGUGAUGAAAUCUUCAAUGCUAAUUUUGAUUGCAGCCAGACUUAAUUGAAUGCCCGAUACCUUCAUGCAUGGGAAGAAAAAGCAUGAUGAGUGUGUCAUGACUUUGUCAAGGUUGCAUCCAAACAGGAGUGGUGAAUCAUGAGGCUAGCUAGGCGCCAUGCCUGAAUCUACAUUACAUGUAGACAUUUGCAGCUUUAGCAAGCUCCAUUGUAAGGGACAAAACGUC